AAAAAGCCUCUAAAAAUCUUCCUCUUCCUCUCCAAAAUGAGAGUAUUUGAUACACUCUUUGUUUAUUCCAUCUGGAGAAAUCAACACCCAAAUUGCAUUUUUUUACAAUAUUACUAACAAUUUGUCUCUGAUUUCCGACCACUCUGAACAUCGUACCCAAAAGCCAAGACCUUGUCUCUGAUUUCUCAAUUCAUCUCUCUCAAUUUGGAUACAGCCUCUCUCUUCAUUCUUCACAGGACUCUGCAAAUCAACAAACACCUGCUCUGCUCUGCUCACCAAAAGAUGUGAAUACAAUUAAUAUACUCCACCACAGAAAUAAAUAGACGACGAUGAACAGACUAUCUCCAUCUGCUUUUCUCGUGAUUCUAUUCAUGGAAUUCUGCCUCACUGGAUUAAAUGCUGCUUCGGAUAACAAUGGCGGCGAGGCUGCGGUUCUGCUAUCCUUCAAGCGCUCUUCAAUCCAAGCUGAUCCGAAGCGCUUCCUGGAUAACUGGUCGCCGUCGUCUUCCGCGCCCUGCGGUUGGAGAGGCGUCUCCUGCUCCGACGACGGCAGGCUCUACCGCCUCGACUUCACCAAUGCGGGAUUAACCGGCCGCCUCCGCAUCUCCGACCUCGCGCCGCUCCCCGCCCUCACCGCGCUUCUCUUCGCCGGGAAUUCAUUCGACGGAAAUCUCUCCGGAGAUUCAUGCAGAUUUGAAUCGAUUGAUCUCUCGGCGAACAAAUUCACCGAUUUAGGGCUUGUGGCGCAGUUGCUUUCCAGUUGCGGAAAUUUGAAUCUGUUGAAUUUCUCAAGCAAUAAGCUCGUUGGGAAGCUGGAGAGCUCUUUUCCGGCGAGUAAAAGCCUCGAGGUUUUGGAUCUCUCCGGCAACCGAUUGGACGGGGAAUUGCCGGCUGCGUUGUUCAAAAACUCACCGUCGUUGAAAGUCCUUGAUUUGUCGAGGAAUAACUUCACCGGCAAUCUCUUCAAUUUGGAUUUUAGGUCAAUUUCGAAUCUCACUCUGCUCAAUCUCUCUCGCAACAGCUUCUCCGCCACCGGUUUUCCGGCGACCCUACCUUACUGCCAGGGCCUCCAAACUCUGGAUUUAAGCCACAAUUUUAUCAAGCUGAGGAUUCCGGGGGACUUGCUUGCGAAGAUGAUGAAUUUGAAGCAGCUUGUUCUAGCCAACAACGGCUUCUUCGGUGAGAUUCCGCUACAAUUGGGGGAAAUUUGCAGGUCGUUGCAGGUUCUAGAUCUUUCCAACAAUCAGUUAACCGGAGAGCUUCCUUCAACCUUCAUCAAUUGUAAUCAGCUCGAAACUCUCAAACUCAGCACCAAUCAGCUCUCCGGCGGAUUUCUCGAUACUGUGGUGAGCUCCAUCACAAGCCUCAAGUAUCUAUCCGUGGCGUUCAACAACAUCUCCGGCGAAGUGCCGCCGUCGCUCAUUAACUGCACUCGGCUUCUGGCUCUAGACCUCAGUUCCAAUAAUUUCACCGGAAAUGUGCCUUCGGUGCUCUGCUCCGGCAAUUCCGUCCUCGAAAGACUGUUGCUGGCAAACAAUUAUCUCUCCGGCGGAGUGCCGGCGGAGCUCGGGCGGUGUAAAAAUUUAAAAAGCAUUGAUCUCAGCUUCAAUGAACUGCGCGGCUCGAUUCCACCGGAGGUUUGGAUGCUGCCGGAGAUAUCGGAUAUAGUAAUGUGGGCGAACAAUCUGAGCGGUCAAAUCCCGGAAGGCAUUUGCAUCAACGGUGGGAAUCUGCAGACUCUGAUCCUCAACAACAAUUUCAUCACCGGAGCUCUGCCACAGUCCAUUGUCAACUGCACUAAUCUAAUUUGGGUGUCAUUGUCAAGCAACCGCCUCUCCGGCGAAAUCCCUCAAGAAAUAGGCAACUUAGUCAACCUCGCAAUCCUCCAGCUGGGGAACAAUUCCCUCACCGGAGCAAUUCCGCCGCGAAUUGGCGACUGCCGGAGCCUCAUAUGGCUCGAUCUCAACAGCAACGAGCUCCGGGGGCCUCUGCCCCCGGAGCUCGCUUCCCAGACUGGCCUCAUAGUCCCUGGAGUCGUCUCCGGGAAGCAGUUCGCCUUCGUCCGAAAUGAGGGGGGCACGCAGUGUCGCGGGGCGGGUGGUUUAGUCGAGUUCGAAGGGAUUCGACCUGACCGGCUGGCCAAUUUUCCGAUGGUGCACGCGUGUCCUUCGACGAGGAUUUAUUCCGGGAUGACGGUUUACACAUUCGCUGGCAAUGGCAGCAUGAUCUACCUUGAUCUGUCAUACAAUCAGCUCUCUGGUGCAAUCCCUUCAAGCUUAGGCUCAAUGGUUUAUCUUCAGGUUUUGAAUUUGGGGCAUAAUGAUUUAAGUGGUGAGAUACCAUCUAGUUUUGGAGGAUUAAAGAGUGCUGGUGUUCUUGAUCUCUCUCAUAACAAUCUUCAAGGAUUCAUCCCUGGAUCAUUAGGUGGUUUGACAUUCCUCAGUGAUCUUGAUGUUUCAAACAAUAAUUUAUCUGGUUUGAUUCCUUCUGGGGGGCAGCUUACCACAUUUCCAGCAGCAAGAUAUGAGAACAACUCUCUCCUCUGUGGGGUUCCCUUGCCGCCUUGCGGAUCGACGAGCGGGGGCCAUGGCCCCCACUCGUCGUCGAGGGAGAAGAGGCGGAGCAUGGCUGUCGGGAUGGUGAUCGGGAUCAUGGCCUCGGUCACGUGUAUAAUGCUGCUUCUCUACGCGCUGUACAGAGCGAAACGGAGCCAGAUGAAGGACGAGAAGCGGGAUAAAUACAUCGACAGCCUCCCGACCUCCGGCAGCAGCAGCUGGAAGCUCUCCAGCGUGCCCGAGCCGCUUAGCAUCAAUGUGGCUACUUUCGAGAAGCCCCUGAAGAAGCUGACGUUCGCGCAUCUCCUUGAGGCCACGAACGGGUUCAGCUCCGAGAGUUUGAUCGGGUCUGGCGGGUUUGGGGACGUGUACAAGGCGCAGCUU